CGACUACUGGCGUUACGCCGCUGAUGCUACCCUUCCCGACCGAAAAGUGCAUUGUGCUCAAAUUAUAGCGUUCAUAAAGCUUGAGUAACUUGUAUACGCUAACCUUGAUUGGAGGAGUUCAAGGUUGCCAAGUCUUGCGUUAUUGUUCGCAUUACUACGACCCCGGUGCAGGGCUCUUGUUAAGCCCUUGUACGUUUUCAGAUUGAGCGUCGGCAGCUGCUGCAAUGUGAAAAUAGCCCACCCCAUUCAUUGUGACCGUUUGUGCGACGUCGACGCCAGAAUGGGAUCCGUCACCCUUCAGAAGCGAGGGCACCCCGCCCACCACAUCACCACGACUGACGAUGACAUGUGCGCUUUCGUCUGUGGUUGGGGUGCUGCCUUUGUAAACAUAAUCUGCACUUUUCCAAUGAACAAAGUGAUGUUUAGGCAGAUGCUGCACGGUGUGCGAACCAACCACGCCUUGGACCAGCUGCGUAGUGAAGGCUUCCGCCACCUCUACCGCGGUUGCCUGCCACCGCUUGUGCAGAAGACCAUAUCGGUCUCCAUCAUGUUCGGCACGUUCAGCGGUUAUAGUCGCUUCACGAUUCAUCAUUUCCCCGAGGCGAGCGAUCUUACCGUGAAGUUCCUCGCUGGCCUCAUGGCUGGCUCUACAGAGGCCAUACUCACUCCUCUGGAAAGGGUUCAAGCCUUGCUGCAGGACAAGGAACACCAUCACCGCUUCAAGAACACGAUGGAUGCAUUCAAAUUCCUGUCUCCGUAUGGCAUCAGGGAGUACUACCGGGGACUGGUACCCAUUCUCCUCCGCAACGGCCCGAGCACGUUCAUGUUCUUUAGCCUGAGAGACGAAAUGGGGCGCCUCGUGCCGAUGGACAAGACAGUUCUCUGGCAGCGGACACUGAGUGACUUUCUCAGCGGCGCCGUGGUGGGCGCAUUCGUAAGCACCGUGUUCUACCCCAUUAACGUUAUUAAGACAAUAAUCCAAGUGCAGUAUGGUCCUCCACGCCUGAGCAUGUUAACAGUCUUCAAGGAGACCUAUGCAGAGCGCAAGAGCCUUCGCAAAAUGUUCUACGGUGUGCACCUUAACUACACACGGGCACUAGUGUCAUGGGGCAUCAUCAAUGCAACGUACGAGUUCUUAAGGACACAAUAUAUGCAUUAUGUUCACAGCAGUCAUGGCAGUUGGUGAGCUUUUUGUAA